AUGAUGGCGAAGCACUUCGGUAGGGCGCAUCUGACGCGGUUUGAUUGGCUAGCGGUGCUGGUGACGGUGGUGGACAAGUACAGCGACCGGAAGCACGGCGUGCAGUUCACCACGGUGGAGAGCAAGAACAUUCAGCGGUAUUGCGGAGGGUGGCGUGAGGCGGUGCAUGCAGUACAUGAGCGGAUCCAGCAGGACUUCCAGUUCAAGGCGGUGUCGGUGUUUAAUAUGUUUGCGAAUGAAGUGUCGUCGUAUCAUGCCAAGUUCACGCAGUUGCUGCAGGGAACGCCGUUUGCGAAGGAUGUGCCGCCCACACAGGCGGUGGUGAGCGAAUUGAUGAAGCUACGAGCAGAGUAUGAUUCGUAUCUGGUUCAGUGAUGAUGAUAUUGAUGGGAUAAUAAUAAUUAAAAAAUAAUAAUGAAAAUAAUAAUAAUAAUAUUAAUAAUGAUUUCAUAGU